AUGAUCACGUUGUUGGCCCGCGUGACGCCCAGAAUCUCGUACGCCACGUGCUCGUGGGGCGCGGAGUCGCGCUCGGGGCACGGUGGGGGCCUCGGGGGCAAUGGAGGACAUGCGUCUCUCGGUGGGCUCGGGCUCUUCCUCCAUCUCGUCAAAGGCUCCUCGACGGCAGGCUCCUCGACGGCCUCGACCUCGACGGCAUGCUCCUCGACAGCAGGCUCCUCGACGGCGGGCUCCUCGACGGCGGGCUCCUCGACGGCGGGCUCAGCAGCUUCGACCUCGACCUCGACGGUGGGCUGCUCCUGCUCCUCGGUUGCUGCCUCGACCUCGACCACCGCAGCCUCGACGACAGGCUCGGCGGAUUCGACAGCGGCCGCCUCCUCCACGACUUCUUCGGCCACUUCCUCGGCCUCGACAGCGGGCUCAGCGGAUUCGGCCUCGACCUCGACGGCAGGCUCCUCGACAGCAGGCUCCUCGACGGCAGGCUCCUCGACGGCCUCGACCUCGACGGCGGGCUCAGCAGCUUCGACCUCGACCUCGACGGUGGGCUGCUCCUGCUCCUCGGUUGCUGCCUCGACCACGACCACCGCAGCCUCGACGACAGGCUCGGCGGAUUCGACAGCGGCCGCCUCAUCCACGACUUCUUCGGCCACUUCCUCGGCCUCGACAGCGGGCUCAGCGGAUUCGGCCUCGACCUCGACGGCAGGCUCCUUGACGGCAGGCUCCUCGACGGCAGGCUCCACGACGGCCUCGACCUCGACGGCCUCGACCUCGACGGCAGGCUCCUCGACAGCAGGCUCCUCGUCGGCAGGCUCCUCGACGGCCUCGACCUCGACGGCGGGCUCAGCAGCUUCGACCUCGACCUCGACGGUGGGCUGCUCCUGCUCCUCGGUUGCUGCCUCGACCACGACCACCGCAGCCUCGACGACAGGCUCGGCGGAUUCGACAGCGGCCGCCUCCUCCACGACUUCUUCGGCCACUUCCUCGGCCUCGACACCGGGCUCAGCGGAUUCGGCCUCGACCUCGACGGCAGGCUCCUCGACAGCAGGCUCCUCGUCGGCAGGCUCCUCGACGGCCUCGACCUCGACGGCGGGCUCAGCAGCUUCGACCUCGACCUCGACGGUGGGCUGCUCCUGCUCCUCGGUUGCUGCCUCGACCACGACCACCGCAGCCUCGACGACAGGCUCGGCGGAUUCGACAGCGGCCGCCUCAUCCACGACUUCUUCGGCCACUUCCUCGGCCUCGACAGCGGGCUCAGCGGAUUCGGCCUCGACCUCGACGGCAGGCUCCUUGACGGCAGGCUCCUCGACGGCAGGCUCCACGACGGCCUCGACCUCGACGGCCUCGACCUCGACGGCAGGCUCCUCGACAGCAGGCUCCUCGUCGGCAGGCUCCUCGACGGCCUCGACCUCGACGGCGGGCUCAGCAGCUUCGACCUCGACCUCGACGCCUCGACGACAGGCUCGGCGGAUUCGACAGCUACCAUAG